CGUCCAAAAUAAAAUAGCCCAUUUUUGAAGCCCAUUUCCUCGUCCCUCUCAAGCGCAACAUCAGAAGCCUCCUCCCUGAAGCUCUUGUUCUCCAGUGGCUCUAUCCUUCUCUCACGUCUUUUAUCUUCUUCUUCACUCUCUCCGAAUCGCACAUUGCAAUCUCCAAUCCCGAUUCUCUAUUUGCAACUCAAAGAUCCUAUAUGAUUUCUCAAAAUCGGAAUAGAAAUUUCAUUGGUAAUCUUCAUCUCUCUCCCCCUCUCUCUCUUUCUGGCUUGCUUCUUCUCCUAUUUCAUCUGUGCUCUGCGUGUUUGGUUGUCGAGAAACCGUGCAAAAAUGUGAAAGAAUUUCAUCAACUCAUAUACUUUCGCAACCGUGAUUUGCUCGACUUUCGCCGACCCUUACCGACGCUGCUGGAGCCAUCAUCGAUUGAGAAUACGAAGGAUGUGCUGAUUGUGGCUUCAUUUAUACACCUGGAGCAUAAAGAACAUGUGAAGUAUACCUCAGAGCUUACUACUGUGAACCCUUGCAUUUUGCUCUCUGGUCCUGCACCUAUGGAUAUAGCUGUGUUCAUUCUAAUAAUUCGUUUAUGAUAUUUGGUUUUUGUUCUGAAUGCUAUUGCAGGGUCUGAGAUAUAUCAGGAGAUGCUGGCAAAGGCCCUUGCACAAUAUUUUGGGGCUAAGUUGCUCAUAUUUGAUAGCCACUUUUUUUGUUGUUGUUUUUUUUGUGUGGUUACAUUGGAGGAAAGAAACCGUACUGGGGUUCGAUCCUGGGUGCCAUGGGGGGAGGGGGAAUCCACCACCACUGUGGUGGGAACCUAUUGGCAUAGCCACUCAUUUUUGGGUGUAAGCUAAACAACACCUUCUUAACAUUUGCUUAAGUACUUCCUCCUAGUAUACUUCCUUAUUCUUCGGAUAUAGAGACUAAUCUAAUCGUUAUCAUUUUGUUUCACCAAAAAUUAUAAUAUUUUUUCUUUAGUAUCAUUAUCAAUACUCCUUUUGUACUUCUGUCUUUAAUUAUAGCUUAACAGAUCUAAUUAGAGGGAAUUACCCAAUAACAAGUGUUCUAUAGGGUUUACUGGGUAUUUCAUUUUUGGACUUUUGUUGCUGUCUUUUAAAAUUUUCCAGGUUGUUCCCAAGACAGGAGAUGACAACUGCUAAGCCAUAUAUAGGACCUGAUUUCAGGCUCUGUUGCAGGGUUUAUUCUUACAGAGGAGAGGAGUACCGCUCUUAAGAGUGGGUUUGAUGCAUCUUUACUUAUGAGUUAGUUUCUUUUUUUCUGUUGGUUGUAUGAGUUUGCAGUUUUGGGCUUAGAUUUGAGGUCAUCAUUGUUCAGGUCAGCAACUCUGUGUCUUUUGGCGAGGCAGAUUUAAGCAGUGUUUUGGUUUUAUAUGAUUGAUUUGCAAGGCAUUUUGUUGGGUAGUUGUACAUGGAAAGACAACAUUGGAGAUAUAAAAUAAAAAAUAUUUUGUUGUUCCAAUUACUAUGGUAUGUAUUAGAUUUAUGGUUUGUAACUUGUGAGGUUUAUUCUAUACCAUUGAUGUCAACCCUUAUUGUGAUCCGGCGCGUAAAUUGGCGGACAACAAGUAUAGGACCAUCGAUUUUCCGUUUUAGCCGGCGGAUGGAGAAGUGAACACAGGACCUUUGAGUUUUUGACAGAGAGGGUGACAGAGAGGGUGAUGGAUUUGGAUGGUCUUUUCACAUGCACAGCUGGCAUUAUUUUUGAAAAGCCUCGAAGAUUGAAAAGUUUUGUAAUGUGAUGUGCAAAUGCGAUGUACUCUUCCUCAACAAGACAAUCACUUGAUUUCGGUCUUGAAAUUUGAUCAACUCUAGUCUGAGGGCAUCUCAAUUAAUUAACUGAUAAAUGAAAUCUCAAAAGAGAAAAGAAAAUGAAGAGAUAACUAAAUAUGAAUAAAAUAAAUAAAUAAAAACCAAGAAAGUAGUUACUGUUGAGUUGAUUGAAAUUAUUAGAUUCCUUCUCGAGCGUAGUGAACUAAGAUCAACUCAAUGUAGUCACUUCACUUCGUAGUGAACUAAGAACAGAGCGGAUUUAUGUUCUUCUUCGUUCCAGGACUAGAGCUUUUUUACAUCCAAUAGCAAGCUUUCCCAUAAAACUCAACCAAGCUUUAGAGUUAAUUCAAACAUGGCUUCUCUUCAAGACAGUCCAGCUUCCAUGCCCCAUUUCUUAAGGAUCAUUCUAGAUAAGACUUCUAAAAAGACCAGAAUUAAAAUUCCAAUGAAGUUUUUGAUGAGAUAUGGAGAGAAUUUAUCAAGUCCAGUACAUCUUAAGCUUCCAAGUGGAGUAGAAAUGGAAAUAGAACUCAGAAGAUCCAACGAUGGUUGGGUUUGGUUUGACAAGGGUUGGCCAGAGUUCUCAAAGUUGUGUUCUCUUGACUAUGGUAAUUCGCUAGUCUUUGGAUAUGAAGGGAACUCCAACUUCUCUGUGUUCAUAUUUGAUAAAACUGCUACAGAAAUUGAAUAUCCUAAGCCCGAGAUGGAAGAAACUGAUUCUGAUUUUGAAGAAGAAGAAGAUGAUGAUGAUGAGUCAGGCCAUGCCAGAGGAGAAAUCAAAAGAGAGAAUGAUAUGCCAACAAAGAAAGAUUUUGGAGGCUCAUCUAGCACUCGAAUUUUCCUUGGGAGGACGCAUCCAUUGACUAAAAGUGAAAAAGCUCUGGCUCUUCAGAGAGCCAAUGCUUUCGAAUCUGAAUAUCCUUAUUUCUUGGUUGCCAUUCAACCGGUUUAUAUCCACCGAGGUUACCUGCAUUUGCCAUCCAAGUUUGCAAGGAGACAUCUUGUCAAGAAGCGUGCACGUAACAUAAUCCUUAAGAUUUUAGAUGGAAGAACUUGGCUUGUCGAAUUCAAGUAUGAAACUUCAAUAGCUCGAUUCCAGCGUGGCUGGUUGGCAUUUGCAAGGGACAAUAAUUUGAAAGUCGGUGAUGUGUGUGUUUUUGUGUUGAUUGACUGCAAUGAACGUUUAUUUGAAGUUUUCUUUUAUCGCACCAACGAUGCUGAAGAUUGUCCCUUGUCACCAGGCCAUGGUGGAGUAGCAAUUGAUCGAGUUGAGAAAAGGAGAAACCCCAUGAUUAAAGUUGAAAUUGAUUGCACCACAAAUUAUGAAAAUGGUGUGUCUUGCUCUCUUGAUCCUUCUCUUGAAAUUGGCAAGUACAAAAGGUUGAACACUGGUGGGCAGGUUACUCAAAGGCCUUUAAAUUCAUCUUCAAGGGCUCUUGAAGCUGCUAACAGGUUCACCCCAAAGGAUCCAUCCUUCAGAGUCACUCUGGGUUCAACACGCCUGAUAUUGCAUGUACCAGUUACAUUUGCCCGGAGUUUCGUAAAAAAGAGGAAGCAAACCGUGACUCUUCAGGUCAGAGAGAGAUCGUGGCCUGUGAAUUUGAUUGGUCAUACUAAAGAAUCAGGAGCCAAACUUUCUGGUGGCUGGUGUGAAUUUGUGACGGAAAAUUGUUUGAUGGAAGGAGAUGUUUGUAUAUUUGAGCUCAUUGAGAGAAAUGACAUUGUAUUGAAAGUUCACAUUUUUAGAUGUUGAUUAGGCAAAGUUAUGUCAUUUAAAGAGGGUUGCAGAGAGCUCAGUUAUCACAUUUUGCUAUGUAAAAUGGACCACUAUUUGCUGUCGGAUAUCUUGAUACUUAGUCGCUUUGUAAUUUUAAUGGUGUUAAUUGUUAUGGUUUAAAUAUUUCUGAUGUA